CGCAAACAGAUAAAUUCAGUUCAUCGGCGAGGAAAUUGAGCAAGUACCAUCGAUCGAGCUGCCAUGACCGCGAUGACUAUGGAUGUGUCUUCUCCCUCCAAGAAAGGAGGCCUACGGGGGCCGCGCCCGAAGGCGCUGAAGGUUUCGUCUUCGCCGUCACCAACUUCGAGGCCGUCGACCAAGAAGAACAGCGCCAGCGAUGGCGGCGCCGCGCCAGUGAUCGUGUACGAGCACACGCCCAAGGUCGUGCACGCGCGCCCGCAUGAAUUCAUGACCGUGGUGCAGCGCCUGACGGGCAUGCGGCCGGCGUCAUCGCUGGUGCCGUCGCCUGGGUACGACAUCCACGUAGCUCCGGUAGAGGAGGGGCCAGGAGGAGGAGACCCAUUGCUGCUCACCCUCGGGCAGCAUAAUGCGCCGCCGGCCAUGUCGGCGGGGCAGCUCAUGUUCCCCGGUGGAUUCUUCUUCUCCCCCAACACCAUGCAGUACAUCCAGGAUCUCAGCCCCAUGUUCUAAAUUUCUAAUCAACCAGGAAUCAAACCAAGGUGGUCUAUAAGAUUAUACAAAAUUAACAUGUAAAUACAAAUCAGGUAGCUAGGGAUGGUGCAGAAAGUGCAUGCCAGUUUGAGCUGUUGGGCUGUUUGUUCGGAAGUUUACACGAGAUUGAUCGAGCGAUUGAAA